AUAUCUAAUUUGGUGGUCUUCUUCUCUUCGUGUAAUUCAAUCAAAUUCCAUUUUGAACUUAUGAGAUACAUUCAGCUUGAUUGCCUCGAUAUUCAUGGAAAGCAGAAGCAGCUGAAAUGGACAACUACAAUUUUUAACUUCUGCAAAGCAGAAAAGGGAAUCCUGCUAUGUACUGAUGUUGCUGUUCAUGGGCUUGAUAUUCCUGAUGUAGACUGGAUUGUGCAGUAUGAUCCUCCAGAUGAACCCAAGGAAUAUAUUCAUAGGGUUGGUCGAACUGCUCGUGGUGAAGUUGCAAAAGGAAAUGCCCUGCUUUUCUUGAUACCUGAAGAGUUGCAAUUCCUUUGCUAUCUGAAGGCAGCAUUGACAUUAAGUGCAGUCUCACCUGCUACUUUCCUGCAUUGA